AAUAUGCGUUUUCAGGCAAAGCGCUGCGGGGUGCACUUCAAUCCUCCGUCCAUAGUUUUAAUGUAUAUAAACACAGAAAACAACAAGAUGCGAAAAAGAAUAAUACCUGUGCGCAGCUUCUCAAAGUAUUCUGAUUGCAGCUUAGCUGCUGAGAGGUUGAAGAACCACCCUCGGCACAGGGAAUACCUGGAGGGAGUGUCCCAGACUCAGCUGGAAAAACUUCACAUCAUCCUCAGGGAUCACAUGCAGGGCUUCAGCCUGGAACACAGCCUUGCCUCCUUCCGCCUUGACCCCAAUGAAGACUUGAACAAGCUGGCAGAUGAUGAAUUGGCCCGAAAGAAGGGAGAGAUGGACAGACUGUUUGAGAGGAACCGGAAGCACAAGGACGAUCCAGACUUUAUUUAUGAUCUGGAAGUUGAUUUCAACAAGACCACUGAGGAAAGGUGCAGCUGGGAUGAGGACUCGGAUGACGGAUUUUGA